GUUGUUGUUUAUGAAACAACGAUUUCUGUAAUAGAUGAUGCGCAUAUGACGCUGGAAAUCUCCAAGCUAAGUGUUUUCUCAGUGAAAGCACUGUUAGUCUUGGAGGAGGGGUCUGCGACAGAGGAAGACCGGUCAAAUCAUUUUCAGAUUUCACUUACUGCGCAGCCGCUGAAGAAGAUCCGCUGCAGACGCAAUGUGUGAAAUGGACCGCCGGAUAUUACCAUUUAUGAUUUUAUUCAUAACGGCAUUGGUGGGACAUGGCAUUGGUUCGAAAGUGAGGGCUGGACCGAAAGUAACGGACAAGGUCUUUUUUGAUAUCACAGUAGGAGGACAUGAGGUGGGCAGGAUUGUGAUCGGUUUAUUUGGCAAGGUGGUGCCACAGACUGUGGAUAAUUUCGUGGCUCUAGCCACAGGAGAGAAAGGCUAUGGCUACAAGGGGAGCAGGUUUCACAGAGUCAUAAAAGACUUCCUGAUUCAAGGAGGUGACUUCACUAAUGGAGAUGGAACAGGCGGCAGGAGCAUCUAUGGCAGCUCAUUUUCUGAUGAGAACUUCACCCUGAAGCACCUGGGUUCUGGCUGGGUCAGCAUGGCCAACGCCGGGCCCGACACCAAUGGCUCCCAGUUCUUCAUCACCUCGGCCCGCGCCCCGUGGCUGGACGGGAAGCACGUGGUCUUUGGGAAGGUGCUGGAGGGCAUGCCUGUGGUACGCACCAUUGAACUCCAGGACACAAACGACCGGAACCUUCCCUACACUGAGUGCGUGAUUGUCAACAGUGGGAAAAUUGAAGUCAAAGAGCCUUUUGUGGUUGAGGUGGAAGGCUGGUAACUGAGCUUCCCUGAUGAACACAUCCUUUAUUGUUUAUUUUUCAUUUACAAAUAUCAGCUAUGAAAUGGACUGGUCUAACUUCAGUCUAAUUUACUAAAUCAUGUUGUGAGAUGCAAGCAAUAGUCUACUAUUGCUAUUGGUGUCUUUGUUUUUGUUGUACUUAAUGUUUUACUAUAACAACCAUAUACUGUAGAAGCAGAAACACAUUAUUAGUAAUACUAUUAGCAACAACGCAAUACUAUUAGCAAUGCUGAAAACCCCAGUUAAUGUCAAUUCAUAUCAUAUAAAUUCUCUUCAGGUAUAUUUAGGCCUUUGAUAUAUAGACACUUUUACCGUAUGGACCCCUUUCAAUUCAAUGGUGAAACAGGAGCCUAUGAAAACAGAGAACAUGUGAGAAAGUCUGACACAAAUAUGUUUUGUGACAUGGUUUUAAAAACAUUAGUAUCUGAACAUGUAGCAACCACAUGAUGGUCCAGUAAUGGGCAUACGUGGUUUUCCUCUUCAGUCAGUGCCAAAUGUAAAUCAGUGCCAAACGUAAAUCAGUGCCAAAUGCGAUUGUGCAGCUGCACCAGUUCUUCAGCACUUUAUUAUUCUCUAGAUAUGAUCAACUUUUGCACACAGGCUACCAGUUGCCAGUCGCUCCAGAAUCUUUCGAGGUUAUUUUGGGGAUUAUUGCGACAAAAAGUGACUGAAUUUGCUGCCAAGAUUCUCCUAAAUUGCAGUUAAAAUUUUGGUGAAUUUGAUUUAAAUGAAAUCAAUCGCGAAUAAUGCAAACAUUCUAUGACUGCGUUUUGCUGCAGAAUUAUUGCAGAACGGUACCCACAGUUGCAGGAAAUCCUUGAAUUUGUGAAAUCACAAGAUCGCAAAGUCCUGGAGAGGGACAGAGUAGCUCAAUGAAGCAAAAUGUAGCAAAAUGUAGCAUGACCUCCAAGACUAUGGGUAGCGUGUAGCAAGUCCUGAGCCAGUCCCAUGACUGUAGCUGGAUCCUUUAUGUGAUCUCAGUUAUCUCAGAUGCUAUCUCAGUUGGACUCUAUGUUACGCUAAAUGUUAUUUAUCAUCUUGAGAGCUAACCAGCUAACAGCCUAGAGCCUUGCCUCGCAAACACCUACAACAGCACAGCUGCUGCUAACUGAUGGCUUUCAGUGAGAUAUUAAACGUAAUGCCAUAAGAGUUGUUCUUAGAUUUCCGCUGGGUUUUUAUGCCCUACAUUAUAGCUUAAAAUGAUAUAGAUUUAAAGUAUGUCCACAGCACUGAUGAUUUCAUUAUAUCAGACAGCAACUAAAAACCUAUGCACUGUUGCAGUUUUUGUGUAUGUAUAUAUAUGGGUAUAGGUAUAGAGUAUGUAUAGAUUCUUAACAUAGACAGUUGCUUAGGAAGGGGGGGGGGGCACCAAUGUUAGCGUAUAAUGCAUUAGUGUGCACGAUUACUGCCUAUGCAAAGGUUGAGGUCUUGGCUGGUCAAACACAUAUUGGACUUGAUCUUGGCACCCAAACACAGUGCUGUCUAAUAAGCAUGUGAGGGUAAGACUCAUGCAAUUCAUUCCAAUUUGUAUAUGUGUGCUUGACAUUUUGUACGUCACUUUACAUUGUAGUUAUUAAGUAUCAUUUUUACUUGAAAUUCAUGUACUGUAUGCUUUCUGAUGUCCAUGUCCAUCCUUAGAUGUUGUUUACCUAGCUGCCAUUCUCUUUAAAACUUACUAUCAGAGGAUAUUGGUUCGUUUUGUGUUUUUGUCUCCUGGGCUGGG